ACGCAGUCGCGAUGGCAGCUUGUUGAUUUUUGUUUCGUUUACAGUUUUGUCCUGCCUGGUGGCAGACGCUUGCCGCAAAAUAUAGUAGUAAACUAGAGAUUAUUUGAUUUGUUUGAAUUGUUUGAAUAGUUUUCCUGUAUCGAAAGUGUUUGCGGGAUAGCCCGAAGGUUCCACCAAAAUGGGGGAUGUGAUUAAAUCCCUUCGGGAAAAGUCGCAGAAACGCAAAAAGCUGCUGGCUCAAACGUUAGGAGUUUCGAGCGUGGAGGACUUGAAACAUGUUUUGGGAACAGCGGAAGACACGCCCAUAAACAAAUCGCAGCGUUACGAUGAUGAGGAAGCCAGUUCCUCGAAAAAGUCGCAAUCCGAAGGGAUGGUCUACCGGGACUCUUCUACUUUUUUGAAGGGUACGCAAUCUUCCAACCCGCACAACGACUACUGCCAGCACUUUGUGGACACCGGCCAGCGGCCUCAGAAUUUUAUCCGGGACGUCGGACUUGCCGACCGGUUCGAGGAGUACCCGAAGUUGCGCGAACUGAUUCGCUUGAAAGAUGAGCUGAUAUCGGAAACGGCCACUCCGCCGAUGUACUUGAGAGCCGACCUCAAGAGUUUCGAUCUGAAGACGCUCGGGACGAAGUUUGACGUGAUUCUGAUUGAGCCCCCGCUAGAGGAGUAUGCCCGUGGAGGAGCAGCUGUGGCGGCCGGAGCUCCACGAAAUUUCUGGUCCUGGGAUGAAAUUCUUGCGUUGGACAUUGGAGAGGUGGCAGCCCAUCGCAGUUUCGUCUUUCUGUGGUGCGGUAGUUCCGAGGGUCUGGACAUGGGCCGAAACUGUCUUCGUAAGUGGGGCUUCCGACGGUGCGAAGACAUCUGCUGGAUUCGAACGAACAUCGAUUCCCCGGGACAUUCGAAAAUCCUGGAACCAAAGGCGGUUUUCCAACGUACGAAGGAACAUUGCCUGAUGGGCAUCAAGGGGACAGUUCGGCGCUCCACAGAUGGCGAUUUUAUCCAUGCCAACGUGGACAUCGAUUUGAUUAUUUCGGAAGAAGCGGAGUUCGGAAGCCUGGAAAAACCGAUCGAGAUUUUCCACAUCAUCGAGCACUUCUGCUUGGGAAGACGUCGAUUGCAUAUAUUCGGCCGGGAUUCGACCAUCCGUCCGGGAUGGGUCACCAUCGGACCGGAACUUACCAAUUCGAAUUUCAAUAGCGAACUCUACGCGGGUUCCUUCGAGGAAAAUCCUACGACCGGGUGCACCGAGCGGAUCGAAGCACUCAGACCGAAAAGUCCGCCCGCUAAUGGAAAGGUGCUGCGGGGACGCGGACGUGGGUUUCCACGACUUCGCGGUCGGAGCCGGGUGUAGGUGAAUGCGGCAGAAGUGUCCGACGCAGCAAGGAGCAUGAAGGUUAGUAUUUUGAUUGACAUUACACCUAUCUAUAUCUUCACAUGAAAGAUUUACUUUCAAUAUAUUCACACAAAAUAAAAUGAUUCAUUUGUAGAGAAGACAAAAA